AUGUCUACUGAAACACAAGAAAAUUAUUCCACCGCUUACUUCGAUUGGAUAGAAAAGGCAAUCUCAGAAGAUUACAUCAAAUACUAUGAUUUCGCAAAGUUCAUAAAUAAGGAAGAAAUUAGCAAUGGAUCUUAUGGAAAGAUUUCUCGAGCAAACUGGAACGAUUCCGAUACCGUUAUGGUUCUAAAAUCUUCUUACGAUUCAGAUAUUAAAAAAAUCGUUAAUGAGAUAAAAAUGCAACCGUGUUGGAGUGAUGAUUCAAAUGAACGCCCUACUCUUCAACAAGUAGUUGAUUCACUGAGAGCAAUUAUUUCCGAGGAUUAUGAUACAUUUCAGUCUAUUAUUCACACGAAAAAUAAAAUAAAAUCGCAAAGUGAUAUGCAUUCUAAUUCUGCAUCCUUUAUCAUGUAUAGUAAUAAUUCCGAGUUAUUUUUAAGUAAAUUGAUACAAGAAAUUAACUUAGAGUCAAUAGUUAAUGAAAGGCAUUCACAUAUAUUACAUCAAGCAGAAAAGUUAUUUUUGAAAAUAUUUGACGUAGAAGACAGUAUAGAUAUCCUUAUUGAUAAAUUAAUCGUACUUUUAAUUAAAACACAUGAUGAGGGAAAUGAUUUUAAUGAAACAAAGCAUUUCAUCAAUCAAUGUAUAUUUCUUUCAAACCAAAAUUCAAAUAAUAUUUUUGAAUGGCUUAAAGAGAAUCAAGUUGAAUCUAAACAUGUCUAUCUUUUGGGAUUUUUCUAUUUUAAUAAUAUUAAUUUUGAAAAAAAUAACAAUAAAGCAUUUAAACUAUUUUUAAGUGCUUCAACAAAUAAUUAUUCCAUUGCACAAGUUUAUCUUGCAAAAUCAUCUGGAAAAAAUGUUAAUGAGGUACAAAGCAUUUUCAAAUUAUAUGAAAAUGGUCAAAUAAUAGAUGAUAUAGAUGAGGUUAAUUACUGGUAUCAUAAGGCCGCUAAUAACAAUAAUAAAGAAGCAUUAUAUAAAUUGGGUGAAUUUUAUGAAAUAGGAAAAGGAGUUGAUAAGAAUUUAGUUAGAGCGGCUGAAGUUCACGAAGUUAAUUUAAACGAAUUGUCUUCUCAAGGAAUGAAUAAUUACCAUUUAACAAUGAAACGGAGUAAAAAAGUCGAAUAA